AUGCCAGUUUCCAGUAAACGUCGCUAUUCGGAGCGUGAAGCCACCGAAUCAGGUAUUGCUCUGAAAAGACGAUCUUUCAUUCUGAGCAAUCAUGCCGCCACUCCAAGGAACGGUAGCUCUUUCAGCUGUUUCUCAUCUACAUCGGAAGAUGGAGAAUAUGAAAAGGCAGACCAUUUAUUCAGCUUUCCUGGCGCUGGCGGCGUUCUGAAUCCUAAACUCGUGGAAGCGGUUUCGAAGUACUCUGAUUCUGAUACUACGAUGAAGUCGGAUAAGGAUUAUAAUUACCAGACUGGAGAUGCAUGCCUGAGAAGAAAGUCUUUGUCGAGGCCAGGAUCGUUCUCAUGCAGUUCACGAAAAUCUCAGGCGCCAAGGUCGGAUUUGGUUGCCAGAGAGCGAUGCUUUGACUACAUCGUUCAGUCGAUUGAUGAAGUUUGGGCAAGAUACUGUGAUACAACGUCUAGUGCAGAAGCUGUUGUGUACAAUAAUUUUGGUGCAAAGGCUCAAGCCGGUGUGAAGAUCCCUUUAUCUCGGCCGCAUAAGAGUUUGAACAUAUCUGAGACGGAGUCAGACAACUGCACAUUUGGAGGAACUGAAGAAGCUGAUUCCGAAGAUGAGGACGAAAGUAGUGGUUAUAAAUCCGAAGCAACGAAUCCCACUGAAUACGAGACAGAUCACGGCGAAAAUCGCACGGUUUCGAAUUUGCCCGACUCAGUCAAAUUACAGUCUUUGAAGCACCGGCUGACGAAAGCCAAGAACGAUCUGGAGUUGGUUUAUGACUCGAAGCAUCUGGAGAGUUCUGCAUCCUUUUGGAGGCGAUGGGACAUGAUCAAAUAUAGUGCGGUAGAGAUGAUGGAAGAUGAUGAUGAUGAUGACGUCAUUGAGAACGCUAUAGAGGAGCUGGAACAAGGUAGGUGUUACACCUGUUGA